AUGAUCUCACCCAAGGUCAUGAGUGAAUUGCAUCAAGCAAAGCUUGUACCGACCCAAUUUACAGUACCCAAGCCUGGUGAACAUGCAUGGUCUCCAGCUGAGCAACGUCGAUUCUGGGAAGCCAUUCAACGUUUUCCACAAGGUCCAUGGACAGCCAUUGCCGAUUAUGUCGGUUCUAAAUCUACUCGUCAAGCAAUGACUCAUGCGCAAAAGCUGCGCCAGAAACUCAGUCGCUGGAAACGUCGUGUCCGCAGUGAUUCAGUUGGUUCAACUGGCUCUAAUUCAAGCGCAUCGGCGACAGUGACUACUCUAGAUGACGGGAGUAACGAUGGUCAGUCACCACCCAUAUCUCCGACGAGAUACAGCGAGAUUGCCGAGCUGAGUAUGAUGGGUCAUAUUGAAGAAGAGAAUGGUGAACAGAAAGAUAUGGAUGAAGACGACUGUGAACCACGGCGCAUCAAAACAGAGGUCAAAUGUAAAGUACAGCAGUUUCAGGACCACAACCAAGUACAUGAUGCACCCAACGACCGGUAUUUGGAACACCUGCUGUCCGAUAUUGAACCAGUACUAGAGCAUGUUGCGCACUUCACGAAUGGAUCGCAUCGUCGUGGGAACGACGAGACAACUCGACCUGUAUCAACGACCGAUUAUGGCAAUGAACAAGCAGCUUACUUCACGCAUUACGCAAGCAUGGCGACAUCGGAGAACAAGACUAUGGAACUUUCGACGUGGAAUCAGCAGCGCCAGAAUUCCACAGACAAGCAGCACCAGAAUUCUACAGACAAGCAGCACCAGUACCAUCAUCAGUACAGCUCGCCGUCUACAGCAGCAGCAAUGUGCUACGCACCUACCGAGACCAGUCACCAGCACAACUACCACCAUUUAUAA